UCGGCAUUUUAUUGCUUCCUCUUCCCUUCUUCUCCAACAGUCCAACCGACCCAUCUGAGACCCGAGCACGCAGAUCACAACCAAAACGUCGUCGCCCAGAGACACCGGAUCAAGGAAAUGGAGUCGGAUCAACCGUCCAUAAAGUUCGGGACCCAAGAGGCCCUCUCGCACGUGCGAGCCCUGACGGACGUCGGCGCCAUGACGCGCCUCCUCCACGAGUGCAUCGCCUACCAGCGAUCCCUAGAUCUGGACCUCGACAACCUCCUCUCCCAGCGCUCCGACCUCGACAAGCAGCUCCUCGCCCUCCGCAAGUCCUCCCAGGUUCUCGACAUCGUAAAAACCGACUCCGACCAUGUCCUCUCUAACGUCACCUCCACCUGUGACCUCGCCGACAACGUCAGUGCCAAGGUCCGCGAGCUCGAUCUUGCCCAGUCCCGCGUCAAGUCCACGCUCCUCCGCCUCGACGCCAUCGUCGAGCGCGGCAACUGUAUCGAUGGCGUCAAGCAGGCCCUCGACGCCCAGGACUACGAGGCAGCCGCCAAUUACGUCCAGCGCUUCCUCCAGAUCGACUCCGAGUACCGGGAUUCCGGCGCCGACCAGCGGGAGCAGCUCAUGGAGUCGAAGCGGCAGCUCGAAUCCAUCGUCAGGAAGAAGCUCUCGGCGGCGGUGGACCAGAGGGAGCAUUCCAAUGUAUUGAGAUUCGUCAGGCUCUACGCUCCGUUAGGGUUAGAAACGGAGGGUUUGCAGGUUUACGUUGGGUACUUGCGGAAGGUGAUUGGGAUGCGAUCCCGGCUCGAAUUCGAGCACUUGGUGGAGCUAAUGGAGCAGAACAAUCCGACCCAGGCGGUCAAUUUUGUUGGGUGUUUGACCAAUUUGUUCAAGGACAUAGUUUUAGCGGUGGAAGAGAACGAUGAAAUUCUGAGAGGGCUUUGUGGUGAAGACGGAGUUGUUUACGCCAUUUGUGAGCUUCAAGAGGAGUGCGAUACGAGGGGUAGUUUGAUCUUGAAGAAGUACAUGGACUAUAGGAAAUUGCCUAAGUUGAGCUCCGAGAUCAAUGCCCAGAACAAGAAUUUGCUCAAUGUGGGUGGCGUUGGUGUUGGGUCCGAGGGACCCGACCCGAGAGAGGUUGAACUGUUCUUGGAGGAGAUAUUGUCUUUGAUGCAGUUGGGUGAGGAUUACACUGAGUUCAUGGUGUCUAAGAUCAAGGGCUUGACGAAUGUUGACCCGGAUUUAGGUCCACGAGCCACUAAGGCUUUUAGGAGUGGAAGUUUUAGCAAGGUGGUUCAGGACAUUACCGGGUUUUAUGUCAUAUUAGAAGGUUUCUUUAUGGUGGAGAAUGUGAGGAAGGCUAUAAGGAUCGAUGAGCAUGUGCCUGACAGUCUCACGACUUCAAUGGUGGACGACGUGUUCUAUGUUUUGCAGAGUUGCUUGCGGAGGGCAAUAUCCACUUUGAAUAUCAGCUCAGUGAUUGCUGUGUUGAGUGGUGCAAGUAGCUUGUUGAGCAAUGAGUAUCACGAGGCUUUGCAAGAGAGGAUGAGAGAGCCAAAUCUUGGCGCAAAGCUGUUCCUAGGUGGUGUUGGGGUGCAAAAAACUGGGACGGAGAUUGCCACGGUUUUGAAUAAUAUCGAUGUCAGUAGCGAGUACGUCCUCAAACUAAAGCACGAGAUUGAGGAGCAAUGCUUAGAGGUGUUUCCUGCACCAGUUGAUAGAGAAAAAGUGAAGUCUUGCCUGUCCGAGCUAGGGGAUAUGAGCAGCACAUUCAAGCAAGCGUUGAAUGCUGGCUUGGAACAACUUGUGGCUACUGUGACACCCCGUAUCCGUCCAGUGCUAGAUAAUGUGGCAACGAUCAGCUAUGAGCUAUCAGAGGCUGAAUACGCAGAUAAUGAGGUUAACGACCCAUGGGUUCAAAGACUUCUUCAUGCUGUUGAGACGAAUGUAGCAUGGCUCCAGCCGCUAAUGACUGCCAACAACUACGACUCAUUUGUGCAUUUUGUCAUCGACUUCAUUGUGAAGAGGCUUGAAGUGAUUAUGAUGCAGAAGAGAUUCAGCCAACUUGGAGGCCUUCAGCUCGACAGAGAUGCCAGGGCAUUGGUAAGCCACUUCUCUAGUAUGACUCAAAGGACCGUCAGAGACAAAUUUGCGCGUCUCACACAAAUGGCGACAAUCCUGAACUUGGAAAAGGUCUCGGAGAUUCUUGAUUUCUGGGGCGAGAACUCGGGACCUAUGACCUGGAGACUGACCCCAGCCGAGGUCAGGCGAGUCCUGGGUCUGAGAGUUGAUUUUAAACCGGAAGCAAUUUCCGCUCUGAAGUUGUAAUCCCCAUCCGACUCGACACUUACCCUUCACAUUCACAUUCUUUUGUUUUCUUCUUCAUAAAUAUUAUUCUUCGUUCAUAUUAUUACCAGUUUUUGUACUAAUUUACCCUUCAAACUCAUACAGUGUAGAAGAAUACUUGGAUUAUGAAUUUAUAGAUUUUUCC